CUUAUAAUGGCUUCCUAUAAAAUUCAUAAUGUUCGUUUCUACAAUCUUGAACCAAGAUCAAUUGUGUGUAUGUGCUACGACAAUGUCAAUGAAAAAUUAGCAGUUGCUAGAAACGACAACACAAUAGAACUAUGGAACGUGUCUUACGCUCCAUUCCUAGAAUCAACAAUCGUAGACCACCUAGAAGAGUCAAUCGAGUCAAUGAUAUUCAUCAACCAGAACCGCCUGCUAUCAACCGGCUUGCGAGGUUUCGUAACCGAGUACAACUUAUCAACCCUGAGUAAAAAAAAUGAACUAGCAGUCACCGGGGGCGCAGCCUGGUGUCUGGACAUCAACCCCAGCAAAACUCGAGUAGCAGUCGGUACCGAGGACGGCUACAUAAAUAUUUUCACAGUUCUACAAGACUUUCUCCGCUACGAAGGUCUCUUAAACAAGCAAAAGGGCCGAAUCCUCUGCAUAAAAUGGGACAUUACCGGCGACAAGAUCUUCACCGGGUCUUCAGACACCGUGCGAGUUUGGGACGCGGUUUCAGGCCACGUGAUCCACAAAAUGACGACAGCUCGCAAGGAAGUAAAAAAAGAAACAAUUGUUUGGUGCCUAGGAGUCACCAACGACAACCAGAUCGUCUCCGGAGACUCUCGGGGCGUUUUAUCAAUCUGGGACUCAGUAAUGGGGACUUUGAUCGAGUCUCACAACAGCCACACCGCGGAUAUCCUUGCGUUGACGAUAACCCAGGACUCUAAGGUGAUUUACUGCGCUGGAGUGGACCCAGUGGUCCGCAGUUUUGUAAAAGUCGUAAAACCCGGACGUGGAGCAGCCAGUUGGGUGAAAGGGAUCGAGAGGAGGCUUCACUUGCACGACGUCCGUGCUCUGGUGGAAGCUGAUAACAGGUUGUACUCCGCUGGAGUCGAUGGGUACCUCGCACAGUCCAGCUACCCUCCGAAGAUGCUCGCCAAGUACCCGCCACUCCUCCAGCCAACUUGCGUGACAGUUUGUCCGAAAAAGCGACGAGUCUUGCUGCGCUAUGUUGACUUUUUGGAGCUCUGGGAGCUUGGAAGCGCCGCUGAAGACUCCGCAGUCACUCCUGGAAUGUUUCACUCGCUAGAAAAUGAGCCUAGGAAGCUUUUGGAGCUCAGGACUAAAAAACAGGAGACUAUUACUUCGUAUGCUAUUUCUAGAGACUCUAAAUUAAUUGUUUAUUCCACGGAGACUCAUAUGAGGAUAUUUAAAUUCAAAGUUAAUGGAGAUGAUGCUCAACUUACCAAGGCUACUGCGGAUAGGAUGUUGAAGCGGGUUCAUAGGAUGCUCUUUAGUCCGGAUGGGAAGCUGUUUGUUGCUAAUACUAAUAGCAGUGAUGGAGAUGAGAGUGAGGAAGUCGGGAAUAGGAUUCAUGUUUAUAGGAAAGGUGAUGAUUCCUUGAUGCUGGUGAAGUCUUUUUGUACUGCUGAGCAGAAGCUGGAUAAUAUCGGGCUGAUGUGCUUCUCUCCGGAUAGUAAGUACUUGGUCUGCUCGGAUCGGUCCGGAGGAAUCGUUGUGUAUGUUGUUGCUGAGCUGGGGUCGAUGUCACCCGAAUGGUGGUCGCUGCCCAGGUACUCAUGCCCUCCAACUGCUAUGGCUGUACAGAAGAGCUCCUCCAAUCUGGUUGUCGUCUACGCUGAUCAGAAGAUAAUCGAGUAUAAUUUACCAAGGAGGCUGUUCACUGAAUUCUCAAUGAACUUGCAGAGUAAAUUACCUUCCAACUGGCUGGCAAGAUAUUUUCCUAUUACAAAUGUCACCUUUGAUCCUAAUAAUGAGAGUGUGAUUAUUCUUAAUGAUGACACUACUGUUUAUGCGUUGCAUAAAAAUAGAGAUUUUCAGAUUGUGGAUAAGGCUAAUAAAGUUAUGAAACUUGAAGAAGAUAAUAGUAGAUCUAGCUCGGGAUCCAGUUCCCAAACGCAAUCUGUUUGUCAACUUAUUAAAAAGUAUAAGCAUUUAGUACAUCUGGAAUGGUUCAAUAAUGAAGAAAUGGUAGCAGUUGAAGUAAACCCAAUAUCAUUAACAGAAAAGCUACCACCGACGUUAAAACAAAAAUUUUUCAUAAUGUAA